AUGUCCCAAGCUGACUUCGAACCCGCCGCCGCCGUCGAAGCCUCGCAGAUCCACGCGCUCAAGCAGCGCGUGCGGCACCGCAGCACGGGAGACGGCAAGUCCACGUACUUCGGCAAGUACGUGUCGCAGGAGGGCUCGGAGAAGCUGCUGACGUACGAGUAUCACGGCGCCGACAACUCGCUGGUCUACAAGCACGUGCUGACGCCCAUGAACAACUUCCUGGUGGAGCUGCUGCCGCUGUGGCUAGCACCCAAUCUCAUUACUCUCAUCGGCCUCAUCCUGGUGGGCGGCUCGCACACGCUCUUCGUGUUCCUGUGCCCGCUGCUGGAGGGCGACGCCCCCUGGUGGGCCAUGGUGGCCGCGGCCGUGGCGCUCUUCAGCUACCAGACGCUGGACAACUUGGACGGCAAGCAGGCGAGACGCACCAAGUCCUCGUCGCCCUUGGGCUUGCUGUUCGACCACGGGUGCGAUGCGCUGAACGUGUCGGUGGGGACCAUGACCAUGGCCAGUAUUCUGCAGAUGGGCACGACGUGGAGGACGCUUGGGUUCGUGCUGAGUGCACACUUUGUCUUCAUCUUUGCUACGUGGGAAGAGUACUACUCCGGGUCGCUGGAGCUCCCGAUCAUUAACGGGCCGACGGAGGGCAUUCUGAUCGGCAUUGCGCUGAAGCUGUUCACGGCGGCGGUUGGUGUCGACUUCUGGAACCGGGAGAUGGUCGAAGGGGUGCAGAACAACUCGCUCUUUGUCAUCGUGACGAUGAUCAGCUCGUGCUUCACGCUUAUGGUCAAUGUGCGGAAUGCGCUCCACGCUGUACGCCUGAACCAAGACUCGGUUCUUGUGGCUUUUACGCGUCUCCUUCCGUUCGUCAUACUGAACACGCUGGCUGGACUUUGGGCCCUCUACUCGCCCUCGGACAUUUUCUCCACACACCCGCGGAUGUUCCUGUGGAUGCUUGGACUGCUGAACAGCAAGCUGGUGCUCCACUUAAUGCUGGCUCACUUGUGUGGUGAGGAGUACCAUCCCUUCCGUAAGACGCUGGUGCCGAUCUUCUACGUGGCUGGUCACUGUGCCUUCUGCAUGCUGGAAGGCAUCUACGACGCUAUUAACGAAGAGCUCAUCGUGCGCGAGUUCUUCUUCCUCUCCCUCGCAGCGUACGUGCACAUCGUCAUCACCGUCGUGUGGGAGGUCAAGAACGUGUUGGGCGUCUCGGUGUUUACGAUUCCGCACAACCCCAAGCCCAAGUCGAUUCGCACCAAGCCAGCAGCAAAAUCUUCGUAG